UCUCCUUUGGCUUUUUCACUUCUCGGUUGUCUAAGAGAGGAGAACAUCUGACGUUGCAACUACUUCUGUUUUUAAAAUACCACAGGAGGACUCCACAUUCUUCACAAUGAUUUCUCACCACCAGCUCCAGCGUUUUGCAAACAUGCAGGCUUUCCUUUGCACGUUUCUGCUGAUCUUCGCAGUCACGGCGAAUCUGGCUUGCAGCAGACAGGCCAAGAAGACUGACACAAACGUCGAUGGAGACGACUCGGGCAGCAAACUCCCCCGCGCUCCCACUGUCACGGCAUGUGGCCUGUGCGGAAAUCCCAUUUCCGUCACUUUGAAACUGAACAACCAGUUUAAGACACCAUACUUUGAGUAUGAGGUGAAGGUCAACAACCACCCCCAGAGAGAACUCAUUUACAUGAUGCAGCAAGCCGCAGACAAGAAUCCUGCUUUCAAAUUCUCAGCAGACUACUUCGCAUCCUUGGGAUUCAGUAUCUCAACUAUUAAUGGACUCUCGGCAUCUGUGGAUGACAAGACCUAUUGGGCUCUGCUGGAUCACCCGAGUGGAGCGGCGAAGAAACUCGGCGUGAGCUCCUACAUACCUUUGAACAACGAAGUCAUCAUGUUCAACUUCACCACUUGGGCCACCCACACUUAAACAGAAUUUAGCACCGUUAUCGUUUUGUGCUGGUCAGCGGCUUCCCAAAUAAUGAAUACUGACAUUUCAUUUGAAAUUAUCAUUAAUUAAAUUGUUCAUUAUCCAGUGUUG